GCUCUUUGAAUCACCGGAUUUGGAUUUUCAAAUCUCUAUCUCUUUUCCCUAAUUUCCCAAAUCGCUCUCUCUUGGCGGCUGUGGCCUCGAGGCUUGGAGUGUAAUUUGCCAUUCCAAAACCCCCAAAUCUGAGCUCUUGGGAUCCGUUUUAGGGUUUAGAGUGUGGGAUGGCGUACAGUUGCCCUGCAGAAGCAGCAGAGCUGUUGCAGAAGUUGUCUAUAGAUUCACAAGCAAAGCCUUUGGAUAUUCCUGAGCCUACCAAGAAGCCUUCUGUUUAUCAGUACGGUUCUGUUGAUUCAGGCAACGCUGGAAAUACCCAAGCUCCAUCUUUUGAGAGAUCUGCAACGCCUUUGCUUCCCGAUUUUGUGGAUCCAACUAUGUGUUAUAUUCCUAGUGGUUAUCCAUCUGCCUAUUACUAUGGAGGCUUUGAUGGCACUGGUAAUGACUGGGAUGAGUAUUCACAAUAUGUGAAUCCUGAUGGAGUUGACAUGACUAAUGGAGUAUAUACGGACACUGGAUCUGUUAUGUACCAUGGUUAUGGCUAUGCACCAUAUGGACCAUAUUCACCUGCAACUUCCCCAGUUCCGACUUUGGGAAGUGAUGGUCAACUGUAUGGGCCUCAGCACUACCAGUAUCCUCCCUUCUUCCAGCCGGUUACUAUGUCCAGUGGUCCAUUCACUCCAAACCCUGCUGCUCCACCCCAUGGUGAGCUUGUGACCUCUGCUGCUGCUGAUCAAAAGCCCUCACCUGUUGAAACGGUGAAUUUGAAUUCCAAUGGAAUUGCUAAUGGAGGCGGUGUGAAGGGCAAUAAUGGUCCAGUUGCAAUAAAAGCAUCAUAUCCCAGCUCAUUUAAUUCUAAUAAUUCUUAUGGAAAGGGAGCACCGUCAGUUGGUUUUUCUACCUCCGGAUAUCAGAAUACAAGAUAUGGUUUUGAUGGGUUUCGGUAUCCUAUCCCAUGGCAUGAUGGCUCUAUGUAUCCUGAUGGACAGCACAGGCCUGUGACAAACACUGGAAUAAACAAGUCGGUUUCAAAAGCAAAUGGUUUUCCAUCUUCAAGGAAUCAAAACUUCCAAUCUAAUUCUAAUUAUAUGGGACUGCAUCAUCCUGGGCCAAUGUCCGAAAUGGGCACUGCACAUGGUUAUAUUAAAAGGAUGUACCCGAACAAACCAUAUAACCAGUAUGGUAACACGUUCAGAUCUGGAAUAGGCUUUGGAUCUAAUGGUUAUGAUUUGCGAACAAAUGGAAAGGGUUGGUUGCCUGACAACAAGUAUAGACCAAGGGGACGAGACAAUGGUUACUUUGGUUCUGACAAUGAUAUCAUGGACAGUCUUAAUGAAUUGAACAGGGGGCCUAGGGCCAAGGGACCCAAGAACCAGAAGGGUGCAACUCAUGUCUCAGCUGCUACUGAUGGGCAAAAUAUUCCCGCAGAUGGAACCUCGGAUGAGGAGAAAGAAAAGGAAUACAUUGUUCCAGACCGUGAACAAUAUAACCGAGAGGAAUUCCCUGUGGAUUUUGAUGAUGCCAAGUUCUUUGUUAUUAAAUCUUACAGCGAGGAUGAUGUGCACAAGAGCAUCAAGUACAAUGUUUGGGCAAGCACACCAAACGGUAACAAAAAGCUUGAUGUAGCUUACCAGGAGGCUCAGCAGAAAUCUGCUCAUUGCCCUAUAUUUCUUUUCUUCUCGGUCAAUACAAGCGGGCAAUUUGUUGGCCUUGCUGAAAUGGUAGGGCCUGUCGACUUUCAGAAGAACGUCGAAUUCUGGCAACAAGACAAGUGGACAGGUUGUUUUCCACUAAAGUGGCACAUCGUUAAGGAUAUACCUAACAACUCCUUGAAGCACAUUACCCUAGAGAACAACGAGAAUAAGCCUGUCACGAAUAGCAGGGAUACACAAGAGAUUGAGCUCGAGCAAGGGCUUAAGUUGCUCAAAAUCUUCAAGGAGCAUUCGAGCAAAACUUGCAUUCUUGACGACUUUGAAUUUUACGAGGUUCGCCAGAAAGCAAUUCAGGAGAAAAAGGCUAAACAUCAGUCGCAAAAGCAGGUGUGGGAAGGAAAGCCAGAAGCUGCGGUUGAAAGGAACGAUGUAGCAACAAACGGUGGUUUGAUCAAUCAACCCAGUACCGCUCACCUGAACAGUAAUGCAGAGGUAUCGGAAAACGGCCCAGAGACAAAAUCCGGAGAUACCCAAAAUGGGUCAGUAGCCGUUUCGUGAAUUCCCUUGCGGUGGUUUGUGGUCUCUUGUAGAAUAUGAUGCUUGCACAGGGUGUGAGAUUAUUUAAGUGAAAUUUUUGAUGCUUUAGAAUUGCUAUAGAUCACAGAUCCAUGGGUGACCACAUGCUAUGAAUGGACAUGUUUCUAUUUAGUGUUUUA